AUGUAUCUGCUUAAUGCCACACUUGUUGGUGUUUACUCUUAGAUUCCAUAGUGUGGAUAAAUCUUUUAUUUUGUUUAAUAUAUAUCCUACAUUAUGUUUGCUAGUGAGUACAACAGGAUCAUUUACAUAUCCCAUGAAUUAAAAUGUAUUAUUAUUUCUGAAUAGUAGUUUUUUAAAAAGUUGUCCAAGUAUAUAUGGAAUAGUGCAGUGGAAAUGGGGGAUCCCUGAGGAAGUUCGUUUUCGUAACAAGAUAUUAGAAAUAUGAAAAGAAAUUAAACUACAAAAGAUUUAUAAAGUGCUUUAAAUACUUCAUAAGAGCAAAAAUCAAGAAAAUGAAAGAACUCCAAAAUAAUCUUUACAUAAAAAAUCCCAUAAGACUCUAUCUUAAGAUAAAACUCCACCUUAAGAUAAUACUCCAUAGAGACAAUAAAAAGAAAAAGCAAUCUUCUAAGAUAGUAAUAGUUUAAUAGCUAAUGGUGUUACUACCAAAGAAAUGA